AUGGUCCUAGAAGUCACGCGAUGCGGAAUACACGGCUUCCACGAGGCGCUCGGCAUCGACACAGACGACAUCCGCUUCUUUUGGGUCCUCCAUUCAGAUCGCGAAGACAGCCAGCAAAUAGCGUAUCGCGUUGAAGUCUUCACGACACCAGGAUUGUGGGACAAAACAGUAUGGAACUCCGGAAAGGUGGAAAGCGAUAGGCAACGCAAUAUACUAUGUGCACCUGACGGAGGUUUCGAAUCGGCUACCUUCCACUACUGGAGAGUCACAGUAUGGGACUCUGAUGGUACGGUCACGGUUGGCAAAGCAAACGAGUUCUUCACUGCAUACCCUAGAAGUUCUGGAUUACUGCCACCAUACAGCAUGAACCAGACCUACAUGCCACACACCAGCCUCAUCUUCCGUACAUGGUUUGAAGAUGAGCCGAAUCGAUGGAAGGGCGUCUGGAUCGGCGAUAAUGGAGACAAGCCGCUGUAUGUACGCAAGUCGCUACAUCUCGACCGGAAGCCGUCUCGUGCUAUUGCGUUCGCAUCGGGUCUUGGCCAUUUCAACUUCGUCUGUAAUGGCGAUCCUGCUGCGGCGAAUGGCCAUGUACUAGAUCCUGGCUGGACGAACUACCAUCGUACCGUACAGUUUGUCGGAUACGACUUGUCCAAAAUACUAACCCAGGGCGAGAACGUACUAGGCGCGCACAUCGGUAAUGGCUUCUACGCGGGUGACCAGGGCGACGACCGUUUCUUCUGGCCAUGCUACGAAGACAACACAUAUGUCCGAUAUGGCAAUGAGCUCUGCUUCUUCAUGGAGCUACAUUUGUUCUACCCCGACCGCAGCCACGAGGUCAUCACUACAGGUCCAGAUUGGAGUGUCCGUAAGAGUGCGACCACACUGGCAAAUAUCUACUCUUCCGAAACCAAAGACUUGCGCGCCUAUCCUACCGGUUGGGAUGCGCCGGGCUUCCAAGCAGACGAGCAGUGGAAGCCUGCGACGCCCGUGACAGGUCCGAGGGGCAAAUUGAAGUACCAAAGUCAACCGCCCGUUGUUUUGCUUCGGCCCCAUACGAUCAAAUACGUCAAAUUCGUUCCAAAAUACGAUUCAUUGCUCAAUUCUGGUUUCUAUGCCAAGUGA